CUCAUUAAAUUAAAAUUAAUAUUUUUAUUGCAUAUGUACCUACAUACGACAAAAUGUGUACAAAAUACAAAAGUGCACAAAGCGGUUGUCAGUAAUUGAACACAAAAGUAAUGUGGAUAAAAACUUGUAAUCAUAUCAGAUUUUAUAAACUAAAUUCAAAAUGAAUGAGAAAACUGAUUUGAAUGCUGCCAAAAACAAUGAGGAUUAUAGAAGAUUAUCAGCUUGCCGGAUAUGUUUGGCGCUGGGCGUCAAAUUGUAUAAUAUGAAGAAAUAUAAACUAUCAAUGCUCUAUGAAGAAUUAACUGAUUUAAUCCAUAGUGAAAUGGACAAGCUGCCCCAGGAUCUAUGCUGGGAAUGCACCCACAGGCUUCUGAACUACGAGAAAUUCAAGGCUAAAGCCACAAGGACCCAAGAUAUACUACUCAAUCUCCUGGACAUACAUAAUGAGCUGACAGACAGAUUGGUAUCAACGAUCGACAGAGAAUCCAGAAAUCUAAACUCCAAUCUGUGCACAAAGCUGUAUAAAGCAAACCACUCAGAUGUGUGCAUACAAUGCGAUGAGAGUGAUAAAAACGAAAUUCAAGAAAUCAUACUAGAAGAGGCAAUAAAUAUCAAAGCGAACGAUUCAGAUGUCGAUGAUAUUAAGUAUGAUAAUGAUAUGAAAACGAAUGACAGUGAAGAUGAUGAUUUCAAUGAAACCAACACUGAUGUGAUGAUGAUGGAAGAUACAGCAUGCGAUAAUCAAGUCGAAAUACUAGAGUUAAAUGUGAAAAGUGCUAAAAGAAAACUCUUAAGACGUGAUAUUAAAACUAAGGAAGCAGUGAAUCUUAAAUCUAGUAAUGACAACGGUAAAAUAGCUAAUGAUGAUUAUAUAGAUCUAUCAUUGUUCGACAUAAAAUAUCUAAGUCAGGAGGAGCAGCUGGACGAGAUCGCGAAACGCAAACUGGGUUCAAACUACAAGAAUUCCCCGUACAAAUGCGAGGACUGCUACAAGGGCUUCCUGCACAAGGAAGUGUACGAGCGUCAUGCCGUCCACCACACUGAGUUGUACGGCUCCUAUCAGUGCAAGAUCUGUAAGAUUCGAACGAAGAAAAGAUACGAAUUGAAACAUCACUCGGCGAAGCACCAGCAGAAGUACAUCUGCAGGGGAUGUCCCUUCGUGACCGGUUCGCGCUCCGCAGCCCACAUACACGGAAAAUAUCACAACGGCAAGAGGUAUACGUGCGGACACUGCGGAGAGAUAUUCGAAGUGGUCCCCAGGAAAAACACGUCGUACAUGAGUCACUUGCGGACGAAGCACCCCUCCGACAUAGUGUGCGCCCUCUGUGGACACUCCUUCGUCAGCAAGAAGGGUCUGGUCUUGCACACGAACUUCAAACACAAAUUCCACAGCAAAACGGUGCCAAAAGACGGACCGGCCUGUGAGGAGUGUAACAUUGUAUUUGUAUCAGGGCACGCACUAGACACUCACAUGUCACUGUCAACUAAACACAAUAAAUCCCUCGACACUUCCAUAAGGCGGAGGGUGCACAAGAAAGCUUCGGAUCACAAGAGGCCGGCGCAUCACAAGCCCCCCGAGGGACCGAUACCUUGCGAACAGUGCGACAUGGAACUGCCCAACGCUCGACGCUACGAUAGACACUUCAGAAAGCUGCACCCGGGCAAGAAUAGAACGAAAUUCUUCACCGAAGACAGCCAGUGCAUGUGCGAAAUAUGCGGUCAGAUGUUCAGGUGCAUGUCGUUGCUGAAAGAUCAUUACGACGCACACAACUCGAGCUCGUUUGAGUGCGGCGAGUGCGGCAAGCGCUUCCCGCGGCGCUCCCGGCUCGUCAUACACGAGAGGGUGCACGCCACCAGGCCCCUGCACUCCUGCGCGAUAUGCGGCAGACGGUUCACCGUCUACGCGAACAUGAUCAGGCAUCGGGAUUCCGUGCAUAUGAAUCUCAAGAAAUUCGACUGUAAUCUUUGCGGGAAAAAAUUCAAGCAACUUUGCGGACUGAGGACGCACAUCGACUGCUACCACCACAAGCAGCCCUGGCCGAAGAGGAACCGGAAGAAGGCGAGCAAUAAUACAACUCCGGUGACGUCUGCGAGCAUAGACAACGACACGUGGGAACCAAAAAAAGUGUCCCAAGAGAGAUUUUAAUAGAAAUUUUAUUGUAAUGCAAUAGAAAAAAAAUCUUUAAUAGGUACAGUGUUCGGGUGAAGUUGCGAGUAACAGCUAAUCGAUUUAUAUUAUUUAAUUUGCCAAAUAAAAGCCUAUAAUUCGAA